CCGACUAUUCUAGGGGCUUCAGGUGAGCUGGGGGCGCAGAGGGGUCAGGAAACCUCCCUCGAGGUCCGGCCGUCGGUCUGAUCGCGGGUCCAUCUGUCCUGCCGUCUGCCAAGAGCCGCCUCCGCGGAGAAUGGGAGAACAAAGGGAGGGGGCGGUUCUGGAAACCCCAGAGGGAAUGCAGGGUCCCAGGUACUCUGUCCCGCGCGCUGACACUUUCGGUUUCUCCCCGAGUCAGAGGCGUCGCCCAAGAGACCCUGGGCCGGCGCCCGGCGCAGCCGCCUCUCCGCGUUUGCGUGUCCGUCUUUGUGUCUGUCUCUGUAUCUGUCUGGCUGUCCCCGAGCUUGCCUCCACUUGUAGAAGUAAGUUUCCGGCACACCGGAUAACCCGCGAACGCUCAUCCCUUUCUCAUGGCAGGAUACUUGCCCCCCAAAGGCUACAUCCCUUCUCCCCCUCCUCCCUACCCUGUGACCGCUGGGUACCCAGAGCCGUCGCAGCAUCCUGGGCCUGGGCAGGCGCCAGUGCCCGCCCACGCACCUGCCCCUGCGCCUGGCUUCGCUGUCUUCCCCUCGCCCGGCCCAGGUGCCCCGGGGCCUGCUGCCCCCUUAUUGCCACUGCCCGGGGUGCCUUCUGGGCUCGAAUUCUUGGUGCAGAUUGAUCAGAUCUUGAUUCACCAGAAGGCUGAGCGAUUGGAAACGCUCCUAGGCUGGGAGACAAGUAACCGGUAUGAACUGCGCUCAGGGGCCGGACAGCCCCUGGGUCAGGCGGCUGAAGAGAGCAGCUGCUGCGCCCGACUGUGCUGUGGUGCCCGCCGACCCCUUCGUGUCCGCCUAGUGGAUCCCAGUGACCGAGAGGUGCUACGCCUGCUCCGCCCCCUCCACUGUGGCUGCGGCUGCUGCCCGUGUAACCUCCAGGAGAUGGAAGUACAGUCUCCACCUGGCACCACCAUUGGCCAUGUGCUACAGACCUGGCAUCCCUUCCUCCCCAAGUUCUCCAUUCAGGAUGCCGAUCGCCAUACAGUCUUGCGAGUGGUGGGGCCCUGCUGGACCUGUGGCUGUGGCACAGACACCAACUUUGAGGUGAAGACCGUGGACGAGUCCCGUAGUGUGGGCCGCAUCAGCAAGCAGUGGGGGGGGCUGCUCCAAGAAGCCCUCACGGAUGCAGAUGACUUUGGCUUGCAGUUCCCGCUGGAUCUGGACGUGAGAGUGAAGGCUGUACUGCUGGGAGCUACAUUCCUCAUUGACUACAUGUUCUUCGAGAAGCGAGGAGGCACUGGGCCCUCUGCCAUCACCAGUUAG